AUGGCUCAGAAUGUGGCACUCAUAACAGCAGGCACUGCCGGUUUAGGCGCACAGAUUGCUCGUGUGCUAGCCCCUGAUUUUCGAAUCGCUAUCAACUAUGCGAACAACCAACAGCGAGCCACAGACUUGAUCACAGAGUUGGAAGGCAUCCCAAGCAAGCAUCAGAAUGUACAACAGCCACGUUUUCAGUCAUUCAAGGCAGAUGUUGGCGACAAACAGGCCGUUCAACGAAUGGUGAAGGAAGCCGUCUCCGCAUUCGGACGCUUGGAUGUCGUUAUCUCAAAUGCCGGCUGGACGAGAAUAACCAAUUUCUUAAACUUCGAAGAAGGUCUUGACGACGAUGACUGGGACAGAUGUUUUCUUUAUAAUGUCAAAGCACAUCUUUGGCUUAUGGCUGCCUCGAAGGAGCACUUGGAAGCCACCGAAGGAGCAUUCGUCACCACGGCUUCGAUCGCCGGAGUCAAGCCAUCUGGUUCAAGUUUGCCGUAUGCUGUCACCAAAGCUGCGAGCAUACAUCUGUCGAAAUGUCUGGCUGUCAUCUGUUCGCCCAAGAUCAGAGUCAAUUCUGUAGCACCUGGCUUGUUAUUGACCGAAUGGGGAAUGAAGUUCCCAGAAUCCAAGCGAGAAGCUGCGAGAAACGCAACAAAGCUCAAGAGGCUGGCAACUGUUGAGGACGUGGCGGAGCAGGUGCGUGUACUUGCUUUGAGUCAAUCGAUGACUGGACAGAAUAUCGUCCUGGAUGGUGGAAGCUCUCUUUGA